AUGAGCCAUCAUCAAGAUACAUUGGUGGCAUACGUUAAACAUUUUGGCAAGGUUAAUGAAGAUGUUUCGUCAGCGCGCAUGACUACAAUCGAUAGCAAGAGUAUGACUAUUGAAUAUGUUUCGGAUGGGAAGACUCAAACAGCCAACAUCAUCUUCGAUCCUCCGAUCGAAGUAUAUGAUGAGGUAAAACCUAGACUAAUCGCCAUGCGUGAAGAAGCGCUGGAAGGUGUAGGAAUGGUAAAUCAACCUGUGGUCUCGGUUUAUCAGCUCCCGCCCCUGAAGCUCGGAGCAAUCACUUCUAGCCUUAUGCUAGUCUUGAUUUAUACGACUUUCGCCGGUGAAGGAUCGCUGGGCUCGCAGAUUCGGGAGCUUGUUGGAGGGUCAUCAACAAUGAAAUGGGCAUGGGGAUUUACAGGACUUAUUCAUGCCGCAGAGGGAAUUUAUAUGGCAGCUCUCUGUAAACGACACAAAACCGGUAUUCGUUUAGGUGGCAGCGUCCAGAGCAAUUGGGUAGUAUGGCUGAACGGAAUUUUGUACAAUGCAGUCAUGAUCGCCCUGUUGAUGUGGGCCUGGCUGUCUACCCCAAGAAACGCUCAAACUCCACUGAUGGCUCUUAUAGUAAGGGAUGGAUGCAUGUACUUUGUUGCUAUAUUCUCAGCACUACUUUUCAACCUAUUGGUAUGGAAGUAUGGUCGGGAAUCACAACUCGUUCUUCCGUUCUUUGUUGUAUGGUCUACUACCACUAUUGCGAUAUCGCGGCUCUUGCUUUCGAUGAAAAACGUACAGGGUCCCGAAGAUUGGGGCCAACAAGUCAAAAUUGCCAUCCCUGACCUUGAACUUACAACAAUUCGUGAAGGAGGGCUAGUGGGCAUAGUAUCAAGGUUCAGCGAAGACGACGAUCCUCUAUCGUAUCAGAUGGAUAGGAAACCAGUCCCAAAGAUGUCACAUAUUGGCAGAUAUGACGAGCAUUUAUAG